AGACAAAGUAUUAGAAUGGCAUAAAAUAUGGCCCAGUUCUACUACAAAAGAAGUGUCAAUGCUCCCUACAGAGAUCGUAUCCCUCUUCGUAUUGUACGGGCAGAAUCUGAACUGUCUCCUUCAGAGAAAGCCUAUCUGAACGCCGUGGAGAAAGGAGAUUAUGCCAGUGUAAAGAAAGCUUUGGAGGAAGCAGAAAUUUAUUUCAAGAUCAAUAUUAAUUGCAUUGAUCCCCUGGGAAGAACUGCACUCCUUAUUGCAAUUGAAAAUGAGAACCUUGAGCUCAUUGAGCUGCUCUUAAGUUUUAAUGUAUAUGUGGGAGACGCUCUGUUGCAUGCCAUACGAAAGGAGGUAGUUGGUGCUGUGGAGCUGCUGUUAAACCACAAGAAGCCCAGUGGGGAGAAACAGGUGCCACCAGUGCUUCUGGACAAGCAGUUCUCGGAAUUUACGCCAGAUAUCACACCCAUUAUUCUGGCUGCCCACACCAACAAUUAUGAAAUCAUAAAGCUCCUUGUGCAGAAAGGGGUCUCUGUGCCCAGGCCCCACGAGGUCCGCUGUAACUGUGUCGAAUGUGUCUCAAGUUCAGACGUGGACAGCCUCCGCCACUCUCGAUCUAGACUCAAUAUCUACAAGGCUCUGGCAAGCCCGUCGUUGAUUGCUUUGUCCAGUGAGGAUCCUUUCCUUACCGCUUUUCAACUGAGCUGGGAGCUGCAGGAACUGAGUAAAGUCGAAAAUGAAUUUAAAUCGGAGUACGAGGAACUGUCACGGCAAUGCAAGCAAUUUGCAAAAGAUCUCCUGGAUCAGACACGGAGUUCCAGGGAAUUGGAAAUUAUUCUUAAUUACAGAGAUGAUAAUAGCUUGAUAGAAGAACAAAGUGGUAAUGAUCUUGCAAGAUUGAAACUGGCAAUUAAGUACCGUCAAAAAGAGUUUGUUGCUCAGCCCAACUGCCAGCAGCUGCUCGCAUCCCGCUGGUACGACGAGUUCCCCGGAUGGAGGAGGCGACACUGGGCUGUGAAGAUGCUGACAUGUGUUGUGAUAGGACUCCUUUUCCCGGUCUUCUCUGUGUGCUACCUGAUAGCUCCCAAAAGCCCAUUAGGGCUGUUCAUCAGAAAGCCAUUUAUCAAAUUUAUCUGCCAUACUGCAUCCUACUUGACUUUUCUGUUCCUGCUGUUGCUUGCCUCUCAGCACAUUGACAGGUCAGACUUGAGCAUGCAGGGACCACCACCAACCAUCGUCGAGUGGAUGAUAUUACCGUGGGUCCUGGGUUUUAUCUGGGGUGAAAUUAAACAGAUGUGGGAUGGUGGACUACAGGACUACAUUCAUGACUGGUGGAACCUCAUGGAUUUUGUAAUGAACUCCUUGUACUUGGCAACAAUCUCUUUGAAAAUUGUUGCAUUUUCAAAGUAUAGUGGGUUAGUUCCACGGGAGAGCUGGGACAUGUGGCAUCCAACCCUGGUGGCUGAGGCCCUGUUUGCAAUCGCAAACAUCUUUAGCUCCCUACGCUUGAUCUCAUUAUUCACUGCAAAUUCUCACCUGGGACCUCUGCAGAUAUCUCUAGGAAGAAUGUUGCUCGACAUUUUGAAGUUUCUCUUCAUAUAUUGCCUUGUGCUGCUAGCUUUCGCAAAUGGAUUGAACCAGCUGUACUUCUACUAUGAGACAGACGAACUUGGCAACUGCAAAGGAAUACGAUGUGAAAAGCAGAAUAACGCAUUUUCAACAUUAUUUGAAACACUGCAGUCAUUAUUCUGGUCUAUAUUUGGACUCAUCAAUCUCUAUGUGACCAAUGUGAAAGCAAGGCAUGAAUUUACUGAAUUUGUUGGGGCCACCAUGUUUGGUACCUAUAAUGUAAUCUCUCUGGUUGUUCUACUCAACAUGCUAAUAGCCAUGAUGAAUAAUUCUUACCAACUUAUUGCUGAUCAUGCAGACAUUGAGUGGAAGUUUGCUCGAACAAAACUCUGGAUGAGUUACUUUGAAGAAGGAGGAACUCUGCCUACUCCUUUUAAUGUCAUACCAAGCCCAAAGUCUCUGUGGUAUCUGGUCAAAUGGUUAUGGAGACACCUUUGCAAGAAAAAAAUUAGGAGAAAGCCUGAAAGUUUUGGAACAAUAGGGAGGCGUGCAGCUGACAAUCUGAGAAGACAUCAUCAAUACCAGGAAGUUAUGAGAAAUCUGGUUAAGAGAUACGUUGCAGCAAUGAUCAGAGAUGCCAAAACUGAGGAAGGACUGACAGAAGAAAAUUUUAAGGAGUUAAAACAAGAUAUUUCCAGCUUUCGUUUUGAAGUCCUGGGUUUGUUAAAAGGAAGCAAGCUGUCGAAUUUGCAGACCGAAAAGAUGAACAAAGAUGCUGCCUCUCUGUCAGAAAAUGAAGAAAAUAGUGAGAGUGAAGGAAACAAGAAAGGAAAGAAAAAGACCUUCAGCCUUUUUGACAUAACAACGAUGAUUCACCCAAGAUCAGCCACUAUUGCCUCUGAAGCACAUAAUGUGAGCAACGGCUCAGCAAUGAUGGUGUCAGAGUCCACUAAGGAGAAACAAAAGCGUGUGAAUUUUGUAACAGACAUAAAAAAUUUUGGGUUAUUUCAUAGACGAUCAAAAACAAAUUCUGUGGAGCAGAGUACAAAUAAAAUAUACACUGUUUCUGAAGAAGUGUCCCGUCAACAGGCAGAAGAACAAUGUGAGAAAACUGCUGAACUGGAAGAGGGAGAACUGACCAUGAACUGUGAAUUAAACAUCCAAAGUCCUGAUGAAAAGUGUGUGUUAGCUGAGUCACAAAAUAACAGUGACUCUUCGGAUUCACAAGAAGAGGGAAGUAUUUGUGCUUCAGAAACAGAGAAAAUGGAGUUAGAGAACUCAGAAUCCGCCACACCGCAGGAUCAGCUGGACAAGGAGUUGGACAUUUGCAUUGACUGCGAUGGGAAACAGGAAACAAUUGAUCAGGGUGAUUAUGUGAUAACAAGAUUGUGAUGCUUACAGGAGGAAGCGUUCACAAAUAUAUAUAUUUUGCAUAGUGCUUUUGGGGGGGAAUGUUUUAAGAAUUACAUUAGCAAAUGCAGAAUUACACUUUAUAGUACUCAACUGUGGCACAUGAUCUUGUAACAUAGUAGUCAAGAGAAAGAUAAUACAGGGACCUUCUGUUUUGUAGCCUGCUUUAGCUUUCACGAUUUGUUUUACAUUUUUUAAUAAAUGGAAGCAUCUUGUAUUCUUGUACUGUUGCAAUAACCCACAGAAACUUUUUAGCUAUCUUUUUCAAUUACAACAAAUGCAAUUUCUCUCAUAUGAUAGUUGACUCCUAUGAUAAAUAUUUUUCUAUGCAAAUAAAAAGUAGCUUAAGAGACUUGUAAGCCUUUAUUUAACUUUGUAGUUUCUUAAAAGAUUCUGGGCACCAUAAUAAUCAUAAAUGGCUCUUGUCAGCAUAAUUCAUGUCAAGCUAUUAGAAUAAUUUAUUUAAAUUGCUAGAAACUUGAUUUGUUUCAAAAGCUAUACAGGAUCACAAGAUAAAGUAUAUUCUUUUAUUUAUUGAAGGAAUAUGAAUACCUGUAAAUUAUGAAAGAUCAGUCUAUUUGAUUAUUUAAUUACAGCUUCUCCCUCCCAGCGAGGAUUAUCACUGUCCUGAUGCCAUUGUUAGAAAAGCAUUUGCAGGAUUUGGAGACUGUAAAAAAAUGUUUUUUACAGUAAAAGAAAUAUCUGUGGCUUGCAAAAAAGCU